CUCCCCGGGUCAAAAACUAUUUUUGUUUGCAUCAUAGCGAGGCAAGGCCAGGCUGCAUAGGAGUUUCACCAUCAACACAGGAAGUUGCAACAACGUGAACUUUAAAAACCAGAAUGUGGUCAGAUAGUGUUAACAUUUCACGCGACAAUGGGGACGAUUGAUUACGAUUAUGAAGUACAGCUUGAUGUAAAUUCGUGGUUUGGUGUUUUCUCUUUACUGGACGUUAAAGACAAGCAAAAUGUCGCGCAGGUUAGUCGCUAUUGGAAGGAGAUCGUGUACCUUCGAUCAUUGUGGAAGAAUGUUUGUGUGACCCUUCGAAACAUCGAUCAUUCCUUGGCUACGAGUUUAGAACAGCGUAGAAUAACUCGUAUCGUGUGCCGUGGUUCGACUGACGAGGACUUGGCRAUAUUAUUCAAUGCAAACCCUCAUAUCACAAGUUUGAAGAUAGAUGGAUGUCGUCAAGUUACUCAGCAAUUUCUGCAGCGAAACCUGAUCACGUUAAACGAGCUAUGCUCCUUGCACAUAACAAGAUGCCCAGUUGACAUUGAGUCGUUAUUCCAAGAAAUCUCAUUAACUGGCUUGCUAAGCCGUCUUAAAAGCGUCACAMUUCCACGUCUAAAUAGCUCAAGUUUUCAAGAUAUUAUAAARAAGUUCCCAGGCUUAGAAGAAAUAGAUGAUGAUAGUGAUGAUUGCUUCGAACUUAUUGAUAUAGGUGAAAAUUGCAUGAAAAUCUUAGUACAGUCCUGUCCAAAAAUUCAAAGUUUGAGACUUAGAAGAUUAUACACUGGAUGGUUAAGUCAAGAGGCCUGGACCACAGUUUUCAAAGGACUUCCUCUCAGAUGUAUUGAUUUGACUUCCCUGCAUUAUAAUAUAGGUUAUGAUGGUUUCAACUUCUUAAAAGUUAUUGCUGAUAAUUUACCAAACCUUGAGUCCUUGAAGACUGAUUCUCUAGCAAUAGAUUCUAAUAAUGAGGUGAUUGAUGCAGUUAAGAAACUCAAAAACUUGAAAGAGUUUUCCUUUAGAAUAGCUGAUCAAUAUGAUCAUGAUGAUUACCUCGAGCAAAAAGAAGAGAAAUUAUUACAUGAGAUUUCUAAGAUGACACAAUUAGAGUGUCUUAAAGUCAGAUUGUGCGGCACAACAUUCACUGGGGAAACAAUAUACUCUCUUGUUGAAUGCUUGUCCAAGUUGAGAUCACUUGAAUUGGAACCAAUUGGAAAUAUUAGUUCUGAAUAUGCAGAUCUGAUUGGAGAACGACUGACAAAGUUAAAGUCAUUGAAAGCUAUUGCUSUAGAAGGUGCUGCUGGAAUUGGGGCUUUUUCCAACCACUUGCCAAAUUUAACUGACUUGAAUAUCAAGGCUCAUGGCAAGCUUCUUAAUAGAGAUAUGAAAGAAAUAACGUCUGGUCUCUUGCCAAGUAAACUCAAGUCCYUCAAURUUGCAGGGAGUAAAAAAAUAAGAGAUCAGGGACURACCUACAUUGCCACAGGUCUCAAAUCAUUGACUUGUUUGGAUAUAUCUUCAUGUAGCGUGAGUAAUGUUGGUUUAACYAUCAUAAGUGAAGAAUUAAAGCAUCUUAAACAGCUGAGUGUUACUGGGAGAAAGGUUACAAAUCAAGGUGCAAUUAUGAUUGGUAAGCAUCUCAAAGCCUUGGAGAAACUGAAAAUUAGUGGCACAAAGAUUAGUGAUCAAGGAUUUGCUUUCAUCUGCCAACAACUCCCAAACCUUCGCAACCUACAAGCUUUCUGUGACUUGUUAACUGAUCAGGGUUUCUCGCAGGGAKCUACUGAACUUGGGAAGUUAACAACUCUACAUAUAGGGUCACACAGGAUUCGUGCUGUGGCAAUGCAAGAUUCUUUGAAGAAUUUAAAAAGYGUUGAACAGUGCUCCAUAAGAUCAAUCGGGGUAACUGAUGGUUUUAUAGAGAGGAUGAUCAAAGARAUGCCUUGUUUAGUAAAGCUGCUUAUUUAUCGUUGCUCUCAUUUGAGAAAUUUCAGGAGCUUUAAUAUUAAUAAGGCUUAUGAACUGUGUCGAAAAAAUGGAAUARCMUUUAAUUGUGGUCCCAUGUCUUGUAUAAAAUUACCUUUCCAAGCACCAUAAAAUUCACUCUUUAUUGACAUACUAUUGCAAUGAAUAGAAACUUUCCUCAGAGUCUGAAUGCCCAGGAUAUUGCUGUAGCUGGAUUUUUAUAUUGUUGUGUUAUUAUGUGUCCUGGAUUUUGUAUCAUUGUGUUGUAAUGCAGAUGUAUCAAAUAGUUUUUUUCUAAUGAAUAAAACCAUGAUCUGAGGACAGAGUUUGCCUGUAGGGCACCAAUACUUACUGAAUUCAUGAUUUCAUGCCAGUUGCUUGUUGUAACCAUUUGAAACAGUACAAUACAAGAACAACUGAAGAUAAAAUGUAAACAGUCAUUGGUUGAAUYAUUCAAAAAUAAGACAAAAGCAUGCUAGUCUCCUUGGCAGCCAUUCCRAACUUAAGAACAGCUGUGAURGAGACUUAAGAUUGGAACUUGAGCCYGUCAAACACUAAAUUUCWUUUACAARCACAGYCUGGUUUCUCUCGAAGCUCACAAUGUGACAAGGGAAGGGAGCAUUGAAAUAAAAUGUAUAUUGUAUUCUUA